CAGUCGCUUGCUUCACUCAACAGAGCUUAAGGUUUAUCAACAAAACAAUGGCUUUCAAAUUCGUUCUUUUCGCCGCCCUGGUCGCUGCCGUCAGCGCCGGUCUGAUCCCUCAGCAUGGACACGUCGGACACGCUUCGUCCCACCAGAGCUUCCAGCUGCACACUCCAACUCAUCACCAUGCCGCUCCGGUGCACCACGUGGCCGCUGUCCAUGCCGCUCCGGUUCACCACGUGGCUGCCGUCCACGCUGCUCCAGUUCAUCACACCAUCGUGAAGGAAGUCGAACACCACGCUCCGGCCAACUACGAGUUCUCGUACGCCGUCCACGAUGAGCACACCGGAGACAUCAAGAGCCAGCACGAGACCCGCCAUGGAGAUGAGGUCCAUGGUCAGUACAGUCUGAUCGAUUCCGACGGUCACCAGCGUAUCGUUGAUUACCACGCCGAUCAUCACUCCGGAUUCAACGCCGUCGUCCGUCGUGAGCCAACCAACGUGAAGAUCGCUCAGCCAGUGCACAAGGUCAUUGCCCAGCCCGUCCAUGUCCAUGCUGCCCCAGUCGCCCAUCACUCGUACUCCCAUGCUGCCCCAGCUGUUGCUUACACUUCCCAGCACCACGCUGCCCCAGUUGCCCAUCACUCGUACUCCCAUGCUGCCCCAGCUGUUGCUUACACUUCCCAGCACCAUGCUGCCCCACUUGCUCAUCACUCGUACUCCCACGCUGCCCCAGCCGUGGCCUACACUUCCCAGCAUCAUGUUGCCCCAGUGGCCCAUGCUACCAUCUCCCAUGUUGCACCGGUUGCCUACACCAGCGGACACGGACAUGGACAUCAUGCCACCAGCCACAUCAGCCAGAUCAGCCACAACAGCCAUUACUAAAUGGAAAUAGUUACCCACUUGAUAGCCCAAUUGCGUCGAAAUAAAAGUACAAACCUGUUUAAGUAAUAUCAAA